GAAGCUUGAGCUCACUCACUGCUCUGUCUCCUUAUGUUAAGCGUUUUCUUGUUCUAGGGUAUUUGUCUUGUGGCUUUGAAAAAGCAAAGUAUAAUUAAUUAAAAACAAAGCAGAUCAGAUCAUAUAAUUUCUACAAGUUUUGUCGAGGCAGAGACAGUCCCAGAAACCAAGAUUGCUUUACUGUUUAUUCCAUCUUUUUCAUGUCCCCACUCUGUAACCCUCUCAUAUAUAAGUGACUGAAAAUCUCUAUCUGUUUCAUUCAUCCAUUCUUCUUUUUUGUUCGUUGUUUUGCUCCUUUAAUUCAUUCCAAGCUUCUGUACAUACAUACACAUACACAUACAUACAUACAUACAUCAUCAGUUGAUCAUUUCCAGUCCAGAAUUCCCAGAAUUCUCUCAUGGAGAGUGUGGAGUUGAAGGUGGAGAUGGUUGGGAUACAUGAGAAGCGACUUAGGAAAUGCCUGUCCAAAUUGAGAGGGAUAGAAAAGGUGGAAGUAGAUGCAUACAGUCAGAAGGUGAUUGUAACAGGAUGCGUACACAGGAACAAAUUACUGAAAGCAAUCAGGAGAGGAGGAUUGAAAGCUGAUUUCUGGUCUCCCCAAAAUGAGCUCCUCACUGCUUAUGCCAGCGCCAGUUAUGGAAGCUUGAGAUUCAACAACAACUUCAACUUCAACUUGUUCUAGAAGAUAUUACAACUUUCUUCUUCCUUUUUCUUUUUUCUUUUUCUUUUUUUUAUACCCAUCUGAGUCACUGAGUUGUUUCAUGUGUGGGACUGGGAUGGCAUACCAAUUACCAAGGUUGUGUUUGUGAUUUUCAAAAAAUAUAUAUAUUUUAAACUCUCUUUCUUCU